CGAAUCUCUCAGGCCUUCGCUGUCGCCUCUCUCUCUCAGUCUCGGACCCUCGAGCUUUGAAUCUAGUCUCGCCCCCCUCUCUGACUCUCGCCAUUCUCUCUCAGACUCUUGCCGCCGUUCGUUAAUUUUCGCGUUGAAGAUCUUUCCGAAGUGGCAUCUUUCCUCUCGUACUCGGAUACUUCCUCUCUUUCGUUCCCUCCAAUCCGCCAUUGUUUGGUUGUUGGAAGCUUGCCUUGUUCUGGAUUAGGUUCUCGAGAAGAUGGCAUUUCGCUGCUGGAUAGCUUUAUGUCUGGUGCUGUCAUGCUUUAUCAGUACUUCAGAUGGUAGCGCUGGUGAUGCUGACCCACAUUACAGGGCUUGUGUUGCGGAGUGUGAGGAAAGUGGUUGUGUCAGACAACAGUGCUUUCCUCACUGCAAUCUUUCAUCAAAUGGUGGCGCAUGGUACAUGCAAGAACCUCUAUACUUGCAGUGGAAAAAAUGGGGCUGCCAAGGUGAUUGCCGCUAUCACUGUAUGAUUCAUAGAGAGGAAGAAAGGGAAAUUCUUGGGCAAGUUCCAGUCAAGUAUCAUGGUAAAUGGCCCUUCAAGCGUGUCUUUGGGAUUCAGGAGCCUGCUUCUGUUGCUUUCUCUGUGCUCAAUCUAGCGAUGCAUUUCCAUGGCUGGCUUUCCUUUUUCAUCAUGCUGUACUAUAAGUUGCCUCUGAGACAGGACAAGAAGGCAUACUAUGAGUAUGCUUGUCUGUGGCAUAUCUAUGGCCUCCUGUCCAUGAACUCUUGGCUCUGGAGUGCUGUUUUCCACAGUCGGGAUGUUGAACUCACAGAGAAGGUAGACUACUCAUCCGCAGUGGCAUUGCUCGGGUUCUCUCUCAUAGUAUCCAUUUUAAGGACCUUCAAUGUACGGGACGAGGCUGCGAGGGUAAUGGUGUCUGCUCCUAUAGCAGCAUUUGCAAUCACCCACAUUCUGUACCUCAACAUCUACAAACUCGACUACGGAUGGAACAUGAUAGUGUGCGUGGUGAUAGGGGUGGCUCAGCUUCUACUGUGGGGGAGAUGGGCCUUGGUGAUGAGCCACCCGUCGAGAUGGAAGCUCGGGGUUGUAGUGAUCGGGGGAGGGAUGGCUAUGCUUCUUGAGAUCUACGACUUCCCUCCUUAUGCCGGCUUCUUCGACGCUCACUCCAUAUGGCACGCAGCCACCGUCCCCUUAACCUAUCUGUGGUGGAGCUUCAUCCGAGACGACGCCGUUUUCAGAACCUCCUCCCUCCUCAAGAACGCCAAGUCCAAGUCCAAGUCCAAGUAAAUUUACUCUUGUUUGUUUUCUUUCACUCACUCGGAACUAUCACUGAAAGCCACAAACCAAAGGCAUGGGAUAACAGGAGACUUGUGUGAUGUGAUUUUGUUACUUUAGAUUUCAUUUAAAAAAUUA